UAAGAACUUUUCAGCUGAAAUUUUUUUCACAAACAAACCAUGCCUCCAGUAAGAGGAGUGCGGUCAUAUUUCACAAUUACCGGAAAACAAGCGCAAUGCAACUCGUGCGGAAAAAAGGUUUCAUUUUCGGGGAAUACGACAAAUCUAUGGAAGCAUCUCAAACUUCAUCAUAAAAUACUUCCAGAAACAAGAAUUCAGUGUUCGCCAAGUGAAUUGAUGCAAGAUAGUUCAAGCACUUCAAGUAACAGUGAAAGUUCUACGCGGCCUUCCAGUUCUACAAGUUGUAGCCCAACCCCUAGACCUUCAAGUACUUUAAGUUAUAACAUGAGCUCCAGAUCAGCCAGUCCAUCAUUUGGACAAUCAGAAAUAAUUAGUAGUCGUACAUCUACACCGAUGCCCAUUAUCCAACCUAAUUUGGACGCAAUGUUUGCGAAUGAAAAAUCUUUCAAAGCGGUAGGUGAGCGAGCCGACUCACUAGAAGAUGCUCUUUUGUAUAUGGUUUGUGUGGACAAUUUGAAACUUUCGACUCCUGAGAAACCAGGAUUUUUACAUUUUGCCAAGGUGGCCGUACCCCUGUGGACUCCGCCUUCCCGUUCAACCCUCACCUCUCGUUUAGAAGUUAAAUUCGCCGCGAAAUCAGAAAUUGUCAGGAACAUUUUGUCAAAAAUCCCAGCAAUUUGUCAAACGCUUGAUUGUUGGACAGAGCGACACACAACAAGUAGUUACUUGGGAGUCACUGCCCAUUUCCAGCUCGAAAUGGAAAUAAAUUCAGUCAUGUUGGGCAUUGAGCUCUUAACAAGUUCUCACACUUCAGAAUAUCUAACGGAACAAAUUUUAGAACUCUGUGGCAAAUGGGGAGUUUCUCCCAAUCGAGUCUCGAUUUGUGUAACCGACAGUGCCGCAAAUAUUGUAAAAGCAGCAAGAAAUGUAUUUGGUGAUUCGAAGCAUAUGCCUUGCUUUGCGCAUACUUUAAAUCCCUACGCUUUAGGAAAGACAGAAGGAACUAUGCUUCGUUUGAGUCAAGACGUCAUAACAAGGUGGGGAUCGACGUACGAAACGUGCGAAAAAUUUUUGGCAAUGGAAGAAAUAAUUUCUGUGGCCGCAACGAAAUUUCCAGAAGUUAAAAUGCUUUCUGGCUUAGAACUACAAACUUUGAAGUUCCUUCGCGAUAUCAUUCGCCCAUUCUAUCUUGCAACCAAAGAAGUGUCAGAAGAAAAGAAUACAACUCUUAGUAAGGUCAUUCCCAUUGUUCGAAUGAUUUCUGAUAAAUUACAAAACACCGACCUCCCUUAUAUACCUAACACAACAGGUGAGGAGACGAAAAACAUAGCUGGUAUACGCUCGAAUUUGAAGGCUUUUCUAGUUGCUGAAAUGAAUCGGCGAUUCGGCGAUUUAGAGGAAAAAAAAAGCCGUGCGCUUUAGCUACACUACUGGAUCCCAGGUUUAUGAGGUUGCAUUUUCAAAGUGCUUUGGCUUCUUCGAAUGCGCAACUAUUGAUUCAGGCCGAACUUGUAAAAAUUCUAAAACAAGAAGCCAACAAGGCUGCGGUUUUGGAGACGUCGAGUUCAUCCCUUAGUGGAGAUGAGACGGAAUCAGCGACCGAUGAAAAUCUACGGAGCUCGCAUGAUACGAUUUGGAGUAAUCGGCAUCCGGUCGACGACUUUUCAAGCGAGGCUCGCUUGAAGGCUUUUUUUAAUAGAAAUCCGGUACAAAGAACUUGCAACCCUCUGCAAAUAUGGGAAUCGAUUUGUCAUCAGUUCCCUCAUUUGUAUCAAUUAGCAAAAAUAUUUCUUGCGACAUUGGGGACCUCAGUACCAUCCGAACGCCUAUUUCCAUUAGCCGGUAGGAUAAUGUGCGACGAAAGUUGUCGUCUGACGUCUGAACACUUUCAACAACGAGUGUUCUUAUCAAGUUUGGAUACCGACUUUUGGUUUUUAUAAAAGAAGCAGUCUUAGUUCCUCAAGUAGUGAGAUGAUACCGUUUUUAAUAACUUCGCCAACGCAAACUUGUUUAAUAAAACUUAGCUAUAGCUUGUUAGUAAGGUAUUUUCACGAGCAAUAGAAAUGUAAAAAUAAAACAUGCUCUUGAUCAAAUGCAAAAGAUGUUUUUAAAU